CGCGUGUGUAAAUGGCUCCUCCUGCCACAGAAAAUCGAAAUCGGAGGUCUCGGACCGGAGCGCUCGGACAGUAAAAUCGCUUCCUCGGAGUCCAAACCGAGCACAUUUUCUGUGCAAUGCACUUCAGGCUUUUAUUUGCAUUUUCUCAACUGUUAGCAGUGUAAAGAUUCAAAGGAAAGGGCUGCAGUGGUGUGUGUUUUAACCCGAAACCCGUCAAAUGAACUCCGUCAGAGCGACUAACCGCAGACCCCGGCGAGUGUCGAGGCCGCGCCCGGUGCCGCCGGACAGAAACAACGCAGAAAGAGAUGAAGAAGUUCCUGCAGAAAUGGUUGCAGAAGAAUCCGGUCAAGGAGCUCAAAAUAGUCCAUAUCAACUUCGAAGAAAAUCACUGUUACCCAAGAGAACAGCGUGUCCAACCAAGACCAAUAUGGAGGGUGCUUCCACAUCAACAACAGAAAACUUUGGGCAUCGGGCGAAACGCGCCAGAGUGUCUGGAAAAUCGCAAGAUCUGCCUGUUACCCCAGCAGAGCAAUACCUGCAGGUGAAGCUUCCAGAUGAGGUGGUUUUAAAGAUCUUCUCUUACCUGUUGGAGCAGGAUCUGUGUCGAGCAGCAUGUGUGUGUAAACGCUUUAGUGAACUAGCCAAUGACCCAAUCCUAUGGAAGAGACUCUACAUGGAGGUGUUUGAGUACACACGGCCCAUGAUGCACCCCGAAUCUGGAAAGUUUUACCAGAUCAACCCAGAGGAGUACGAACAACCCAAUCCCUGGAAGGAGAGCUUUCAGCAGCUGUAUAAAGGAGCUCACGUCAAGCCGGGCUUCGCUGAACAUUUCUACAGUAACCCAGCCAGAUACAAGGGCAGAGAAAACAUGCUGUAUUACGACACCAUCGAGGACGCUUUGGGAGGGGUUCAGGAAGCCCAUUUCGAUGGUUUGAUAUUCGUUCACUCUGGUAUCUACACGGAUGAAUGGAUCUACAUUGAGUCGCCCAUCACCAUGAUAGGCGCUGCUCCAGGGAAAGUCGCAGAUAAAGUGUUUAUCGAAAACACCAGAGAUUCAACGUUUGUGUUCAUGGAGGGCUCGGAAGACGCGUAUGUCGGAUACAUGACGAUAAAGUUCAAUCCGGAUGAUAAAUCAGCUCAGCAUCACAACGCCCAUCACUGCCUUGAGAUCACAGUCAACUGCAGUCCCAUUAUUGAUCACUGCAUCAUCCGCAGUACCUGCACAGUGGGCUCGGCGGUGUGUGUAAGCGGGCAGGGAGCGUCACCCACCAUCAAACACUGUAACAUCAGUGACUGUGAGAACGUGGGACUCUACAUCACAGAUCACGCACAGGGCAUUUACGAAGACAAUGAGAUCUCCAAUAAUGCUCUAGCAGGGAUCUGGGUGAAAAACCACGGCAACCCCAUCAUCAGACGCAACCACAUCCAUCACGGUAGAGAUGUCGGAGUGUUCACCUUUGACCAUGGCAUGGGUUACUUUGAAAGCUGCAACAUCCACAGGAACCGGAUAGCAGGUUUUGAAGUGAAGGCGUACGCUAACCCUACAGUCGUACGCUGCGAGAUUCAUCACGGACAGACGGGAGGCAUUUACGUUCACGAGAAGGGUCGAGGCCAGUUCAUCGAGAACAAGAUCUAUGCAAACAAUUUUGCCGGCGUGUGGAUUACCUCAAACAGUGACCCCACAAUCAGGGGUAAUGCCAUAUUUAAUGGCAACCAGGGUGGUGUUUACAUAUUUGGCGAUGGCCGAGGUCUCAUUGAAGGGAAUGACAUCUAUGGCAACGCUUUAGCUGGGAUCCAAAUCCGGACCAACAGCUGCCCGAUCGUACGGCACAACAAGAUCCAUGACGGACAGCAUGGAGGCAUCUAUGUGCAUGAGAAGGGUCAGGGUGUGAUCGAAGAAAAUGAGGUGUACAGUAACACAUUAGCAGGUGUUUGGGUGACAACAGGCAGCACGCCUGUACUGCGCAGAAACAGAAUACACAGCGGUAAACAGGUUGGGGUUUAUUUCUAUGAUAACGGUCAUGGUGUGCUGGAGGAUAAUGACAUCUAUAACCACAUGUACUCUGGAGUUCAGAUCAGAACUGGCAGCAAUCCCAAGAUCAGGAGAAAUAAAAUCUGGGGUGGACAGAACGGAGGCAUUCUUGUUUACAAUUCAGGCUUGGGCUUUAUAGAAGACAACGAGAUCUUUGACAACGCCAUGGCUGGAGUUUGGAUUAAGACCGACAGCAACCCCACGCUCCGCAGAAACAAGAUCCACGAUGGGCGAGAUGGAGGAAUCUGUAUUUUCAACGGAGGACGAGGUUUGUUGGAAGAGAACGAUAUCUUCAGGAACGCUCAAGCGGGAGUCCUCAUUAGUACAAACAGCCAUCCUGUGCUUCGAAAGAACAGGAUAUUCGACGGUUUUGCUGCUGGUAUUGAGAUUACAAAUCAUGCUACAGCAACGUUAGAAGGCAAUCAGAUUUUCAACAAUCGAUUUGGUGGAUUGUUUCUUGCAUCCGGUGUCAACGUCACAAUGAAAGAUAAUAAAAUAAUGAACAAUCAAGAUGCCAUUGAAAAAGCUGUAAGCAGAGGUCAGUGCCUGUACAAGAUUUCCAGUUACACCAGCUAUCCAAUGCACGAUUUUUACAGAUGUCACACCUGCAACACGACAGACCGCAAUGCCAUCUGUGUGAACUGCAUCAAGAAAUGCCAUCAAGGGCACGACGUAGAAUUUAUUAGACAUGAUAGGUUUUUCUGCGAUUGUGGCGCUGGGACUUUGUCUAACCCGUGCACGCUAGCCGGAGAGCCGACUCACGAUACAGACACGCUGUACGAUUCGGCCCCUCCUAUAGAGUCGAACACACUGCAGCACAACUGAAGUGGAGCCCUUCUGAACUAACAGACUAUAAUGUGCUCAGUCUAGUACGGACGAGCGUACAAACUAGAAAUAAUUCAAUUUUAUAAAAAAAAGAACUCUUUGGAAAAAAGAAAACAUUGUGUAUACUUGGACGAUGCAAGCUGAGAGGAAACAUUUUUAUUUAAAGAAAUGAAAAACAUUCUGCUGUGGACUUGUUAAUCCCGUUUCCCCCGUCAGUCUUUACAAAAAAAAAUGGGACAGAUCCUGACCCUGAGGAUUUAUGGGUGACCGACCUCAAGUGGACCCUGAGCGUAAAGACUCGAAAUGCUUCCCGUGCACCUGUUCUCCAAAAAACGUCACCAUGCUAUUGUACAUGUACGGAUAAAAAAAGACCCAGCACUUCAGUUAUUUCAGUUUUUUAUGGUUUGAUUUUAAUGCUUUCUCAUGUAGUUUUGUAUUUCAAGCAAAAAUCUUAAAUGUACUUGAAUGUCUUUUUAUUUUAUUAAGUAUAUUAAUUUCGGGGUUGUUUAUACCUUAGACUUGCUGUAUUUGUUCUCAUGUCGCAGGAUGUAUGUUCUUUCUGUGAAAGAGAUUCGAGGAAAAAAGGAUGAGAAACACUAAUGUAUUCUCCAGCAAUGUACCGAACGCAAGGAAAGUGUUUUCAUGAGCCUGGUAACGUCGUUGACCACACGCAUUCAUUCUGAAGUGAUUUCCCGCCUCUUUAUCUCGACCGGAGACGCUAGACGCUUGUGAAAGCACGCAGAGACCGAAGUGACGUGCGACCAGGAAUAACAUUGCUGGAGAUGUUAAAGAUGCUUCUCGCUCAUAUGAAGCUCUGUGGAGUAUAUGUACAGUUUUAUUUGCGCUUUUCCCCUCCAUCCAACUGUAUUUGGUGACUGUGGGUUCUCUUACAGCCUGAAUUGUAUGCAUGUUCCAUGACAUCUAGACUUAAUAUAUUGUGAAGUACUCAAUAACCAUUAUGUAGCUGUUAGUAAUUAAUCAAAAGUUUAAUUUCCUAGUCAAAGAGGAACGUGUUACAUUUUUAAAAAUAAACUUUAUUAGAUCGUU